AUGAAGGGCGGAAAAGGUUCUCGCGGUCGCUCGGGGGGUUCGGAUCGUGGAGGCAUUCGCAAGCGGGGUGCUGCGACACGGGUCGAUCGAGAAGGUGAUCUGAUGAUGGACGCUGGCUCUGCACGAAACCGUGGAAAGAAGGGUCGUGGCGAUUCUGGCCGGUCGCAAGCAGCGAACAAAGCCAUGGAUGCGAUCCAAAAGGCCAUCUCCAGUAACUCAGACACUCAAGCGAACAUCCGACAAGGAGGACGGGGAAGUGGUCUGGAACAGGUUCUUGUUCGUGGCUGGAAGCAAAGCAAGGCAGCUUCCAACCGUGACGGCGGUCUCGAAUCCCUCAUCGCCUUCCUCGAGAAAAAACUCAGCCCACCCGACUCGAAAGCUGGCACACGCGCAAGGAUUACAAAGUCGCGGGUUGAAGGCGACGCUCUUAUCGUCUCUAUUCGGCCAGAGUUGUUGGAAAGGAUGCUUCAGCUCAAUGGGUUUAGUUUUGCAGGUGCCCCUCUUACCACCGAAAAGUAUGAUCCGUCUACUGGCGGAUUGUUGGACCAGCCUAUGCUGUCUGCUAUGGCACAAAAUGGCGGCACAUCCUCUGCUGCCGAGACCAAGGCGAAAAUGACGACUAUCCUCGGCAAGCGCUACACCCAGCAAACAAAGUUACUCGAUCUUUCGAAAUUGGGAACCGAUCCGGAUCUGUUGGCUAUGGGAAUCUUUGGCAGCACCUCUACCGAGUCAAAAUUUUUCCCGGCACUGAUGAAGGUUUGGGAGCUGAAUUUCGACAAUGCCACGGCGCGCCGAGAGGCAGUGGAGAGUGUCAGUCUCGCUCAUAACCAGCUUGCCAACAUUACAGCUGUGACGACACUAGCAUCGACAAUUCCCGACCUGAAAAAUCUGGACCUAUCCAACAAUGAAUUCAAAGAUGCGCAGUCCUUGAUUGGAUGGCGCUGGAAAUUCCGGAACCUCGAAUUUCUCGACCUAUCAAACACUCCUUUUAGCGCCGACCCUACUUUCAAGGAUACUAUGCUGAAGUGGUAUCCCAAGCUCCGGUUCCUGAAUAAUGUCGAAGUCCGCACCGCAGAAGAAAUAGCGGCGCAGAAGAAGACUCCGAUUCCAGUGCAGCCACCACACUUCCAGGACGACUCUCAGAUCGCAGAGAACUUCGUCCGGGCUUUCUUCGCGGGCUACGACAACGACCGAAGCGGCAUUCUCAGCAGUGUCUACGACAACCACACUACGUUCACUCUCAAUGUGAACACAUCGGCUCCCAGGGCCCAACAAACAGAAACAGCGCCCUGGGAUGCGUAUAUCAAGAAAAGCAGAAACCUUCUCAAGAUCAGCCAUCUUCCUGCACGCAUGUCUAGGGUAUACACCGGUGCGGAGAAGAUCCGCGAGUUAUGGACCAGUCUUCCAGCGACAAGACAUCCUGACAUUGCGACGCACCCGGAAGAAUGGCUUAUCGAGUGCUACCCCAUCCCAGGUCUUCCUGAUAUUUCUGGACAGAGCUCCACGGGUGUUGGUGGUCUUCUCAUCAUGGUGCACGGAAAGUUCGACGAGAUAAACGGGGCCAAGGUUGAAACGCGCAGUUUCGAUCGAACAUUCAUCAUCGGGCCCGGUGGUGGUAUGGGCGGAAUUAGGGUUGUCAGUGAUCUUCUCUGCUUGCGAGCCUAUGGUGGACACGAGGCAUGGAUUCCAGAGGUUCCACCAGCCGUUCCCCAAGCAGCACCUCCAGCAGUUGCGGCUGUACCCGCAGCUCCUGCGGCACCUGCAGCACUACCAGUAGCUAUUCCGGGUGCCCCCGAAGGCUACGGCAUGCCGGCGCCUGGGAAAGCAGACACACAAGUCCAGCAAGAGCAGCUAGUACUUCAGAUGAGCUCUAAUACUCGGAUGACCCUUCAGUACUCUGAGAUGGCUUUGUCUGGAAACGGCUGGAAUAUGGAGGCUGCACUGAAGAACUUCGAGGAACUUAAGGCGCAGGGAACACUGCCUCCGGAUGCUUUUCUACCUGCAGCAGUGUAA